AUGCGGUUAUCCUCGCUUGCUCUCGUCACGGUCGGGCUCCUGUGCCUCCGGUGCAACAGAUGCUCCGCCCUCCCGCUCAGCGCGCGACCGCCCACUGCGGACACCGACGCACUGCGCCACUUCCGAGCGGUCGUUUCCCGGGCGCGGUCUGAGUCGGUGCCGGACGAGGAGGAGCGGCUGCCGCUCACGCCGUGGUAUGUGACCGGCACGCUCCUCUUCAACCUCGCUGCCCACCUCGUUGCUACGGGCGAGGUGUGUACCGUUCUCAACAUGCACUCGCCGUCGCUCUAUCCGCUCGGCGUUGCGGGCGGAGGCUCGCUCGGCCUAGCGCAGGUCCUGGUGUGGGGCGUGCCCGGUGCCUUCUCGAUGGCGGCCGUCGAGCUGUGGCGGUGCGGCGACGACUGCGCCGUGCCGGAGGACGAUGCGGACUGCCCUCGCUGCUCGGCGCUCGUCAGCCCGUUGCUGAUCGGGACGGCUCCAGUCGCCGCCGUGUCUCGCGUGCUACUAAACGAGGCGGGCGUGGGGGAGCGGGUGGUGCGCGUGGUGCAGCAGUCGAGCGACGGGGCGAGGCAGGCCAGCACGGUGGCCCUCGCAGCCGGGGGCGCCCUCGCGUCUUGCGCGUGGGCGCAGGGCGUCGUGCAAACCUACCUGCAGACGUGGCUGCGGCAGGCGGCUGCGGCGGCGGCCACGGCGUGCUUUGACGCGGCGCAGGCCUCCUCGAGCGCGGAGGCCAUCUCCAACUCGGCCGCGACACUGCUGACGGUGCGAGCGGCGCUUGCGCCCGCGGCUGCCGUCCUCGUCACCGCCACGCUCGUCGUCGCCUUUGAGACUGCGACGGCGAGCGUGCUGCAGCCGGAGGCCGUUGCGAGGGCGCGGGCGACGGAGGAGGCGCUCGAAGCGGCGCGGGAGAAGGCGGGCCUCUUCUUCGCGCUCGAGGCGCCGCCCGAAGAGGCGCGCCGGAGGGCGGUCGCCUUUGAGGCGGAGGCAAAGCGGUGGAAGCUGGCGAGGGAAGAGGCGGCGAGGCGAGACACGGUCGCGAGUGCGCUGCGCGCCACCGUCGCAGCGUCGGUCUUCGCCGCGAGCGGCGGCUGCCUGCUCGCCCCCGUGGUUGCUGGCCUCGGCGUCGCCUUUGACCCGCUGCCCCUCUGGGACCGCGCCAGGGGGCAGUGGGAGGGGCUCUCGGCGCACCCCACGCCGCCCGUCGAGUGGGCCGCCUACUUCUCCCUCUGCGCCGUCGCGUGCGGGUGCGCGUCCGUGCUCUGGUGA